GAGAGAUAACAUAAUAAGGUUCAUGUGGUGGCCAGAUGGCUACAUAGAGCUCAUUGUUACGUUGGACAAAAAAUUCAUCACAUUUUCUGUUCUUCACCUGCUCCUUGCCGAGAUGUCUUCCCUUUUCAGAUCGGAGGAAAUGACAUUGGCUCAACUUUUUCUUCAAGCUGAAGCAGCUUACACUUGCGUGAGCGAACUUGGAGAGUUGGGCCUAGCACAGUUUCGAGAUUUAAAUCCAGACGUGAACGCUUUUCAGCGUAAGUUCGUUAAUGAGGUGAGACGAUGCGAGGAGAUGGAAAGAAAACUUCGAUUCUUAUACAAGGAAAUUGAAAAAGCAGAUAUACAUGUAUCAGAAGCCAUAGAAUAUCCAGAAACUCCUCAAUUACGAGAGAUGAUUGAUCUUGAGGCCCAAUUUGAGCAGCUUGAAAAUGAAAUGAAAGACAGCAACACAACUUAUGAGACACUUAUGAAGAACUCUUUGGCACUGACAGAAUUCAAACACAUUUUACAAAAAACUCAAACCUUCUUUGAAGAGGCUGUCUUAGAGGGAAAUCAACAACUAAUGCAUGAAUCACAGAGGAGUGAUUUACAGGCACUCACAGAAGAUGACGCAAUGGAUGAAAUGGGAAAAGAAACUCAACUGGGUUUUGUCACUGGAGUCAUAGUGCGUGAGCAAAUGCCUUCAUUUGAACGUCUUUUGUGGCGUGCCUGUCGAGGGAAUGUGUUGUUAAAACAGGCAGAAAUAGAGACUCCUUUGGAAGAUCCAAGCACUGGAGACCAAGUCAACAAGUGUGUCUUUAUUAUAUUUUUUCAAGGAGAUCAGCUCAAAAGCAGGGUGAUGAAAAUUUGUGAGGGGUCUUAAAUGAGACAAGAGACCAUCGUUACAGCUUGUUGACAACUUUGGCAAAGAACAUUAGUCAGUGGUUUAUUAAGGUUAAAAAGAUCAAGGCCAUAUAUCAUACCAUGAACACGUUCAACUUGGAUGUUACUCAGAAAUGUCUUAUUGCUGAAUGUUGGUGUCCAGUAAGUGACUUGGACAAGAUUCAUCAAGCAUUGCGACGAGGCACAGAGCGUAGUGGUGCUGCUAUACCAUCUAUUCUGAAUCGCAUGGCCUCUGAUCAAGAGCCUCCAACUUUCAACAGGACUAACAAGUUUACCCAGGGGUUUCAAGCCAUUGUAGAUGCCUAUGGAGUAGCAAACUAUCAAGAGGUUAAUCCAGCCCUGUUUACUAUCAUUACCUUCCCAUUUCUGUUUGCGAUCAUGUUUGGAGACUGUGGCCAUGGCUUGAUAAUGUUCCUAUUUGCAUUGUGGUUAGUUCUGAAGGAAAAGAAGCUGAAAAAUUAUAAAGGUGGUGGUGAGAUGUUUGAGACCAUUUUUCAUGGCCGCUAUAUCAUCUUGUUGAUGGGACUGUUUGCCAUGUACACUGGUCUUAUUUACAAUGACUGCUUUUCCAAGUCCUUCAACAUCUUUGGCACAGCCUGGGAUCUUAGUGUAGAUUGGGAUUCAAUCAGUGAGGGCAACCUAAAUAAGUCAGUUGCAGAGAAAGAAGAAAUCUGGGUAGACCCCAGGAAAACAUAUAUAAGAGGGGUGCCGUACUUCUUUGGUAUUGACCCAAUCUGGCAGCUGGCUACGAACAAACUUGCAUUUACCAACUCAUUCAAAAUGAAGAUGUCUAUUGUAAUUGGAGUGGCCCACAUGAUGUUUGGAGUUUGUCUAAAUUUCUUUAAUCAUCGACACUUCAACAAAUCUUUAGAUAUUGUUGCUGAGUUAGUACCCCAGAUCCUGUUUUUGUCAUGCAUCUUUGGUUACCUGGUCAUUCUGAUUGUCUACAAAUGGAUUGCUAUAGAUAUCAACAGUAAGAAUCAACCAAGCUUACUGUUGGCACUCAUCAACAUGUUUCUGGAAUUUGGUUCAAAGAUAAAAGAUGAAAAUCUUCUGUACGAUGGACAGGCUGUUGUUCAACCAUUACUGGUUGUUAUAGCAAUGCUCUGUGUUCCCUGGAUGCUCUUAACAAAGCCCUUAUAUCUCCGACAUCGGCACAGAGUUAACAAAGAACAUGGUUAUCAGAGGUUAGGGCCAGGUAGCCCCAGUACUACUCUCUUGUCCGGGGAAAUGGAUGAUUCUGGAUUAGACUCUGGUGCAGUGGUUUAUCAUGACGGCUCGUUUCAGGAAGAUCAAUCACCUGAUGACCAUUGUGAGGAGUUUGAUUUUUGGGAAGUGUUUGUACAUCAGGCCAUCCACACUAUCGAAUACUGCCUCAGUUGUAUCUCAAACACGGCCUCUUACUUGCGACUGUGGGCCCUAAGUUUAGCUCAUGCAGAGCUGUCGGAAGUAUUUUGGAACAUGUCUCUUCGUCCAGCUUUCACAUUUACCGGUUGGCUGGGUUCUGUCGCUGCCUUUGUUAUAUUUUCACUUUGGGCAGUUGAAACCGUAGUCAUCCUGUUGAUCAUGGAGGGUCUGUCGGCCUUUUUGCAUUCGCUUCGUCUACAUUGGGUCGAGUUCCAGAACAAGUUUUAUCAAGGAACAGGCUACAAAUUUCAACCAUUCUCCUUCAAGUCGAUUUUGAGUGGUCAGCUUGAGGAAUAGUUCUAAUGUUCGGCUUCCGGAAAAGAAUUUCAAAGUCGGAUUUGUUCCCGCCCGGUAUCUCAAAAGAAGCAUUCGAAGAGGGCGCAGUGAACGAAUGGAAGUUUUUUCUACUUUUCAUUUUGUCUUUUCUAGGUACUUUAUACCAUCCUCCUAAUUUCCUUAGUCUUUCGUCGGCUUUCAAAAAUUGGAUGCAUGAAGAUUUGGAACAGGGCGGAGUUUAUCAUGAAGUUCAUAGGAUAGUUCUUUAUAAAAACAAUAAAGGUUGUUAAACACUGAAGAUUAUAUUGAAACGAAUAUACUCGGAAUUUUUCUUAAAUAGAUUCUUAGACAUUAAAUAAGCUCAAAAAUAUUUAACGUAAAAUGAUUUUUUUGCUUUAAGAGCGAUGAGAUAAACUCAUGCCUUAUUUAAAGUGGAUAUUACUCCAGAAAGUAUUUAUUAAUCGUCAUUAGAUAUGAAUUUAAGUUUGACUGUUACAUUAAGACUUAAAAUAAUUAACGAGUCUCAAAAAUAUGUGAAUUUUUUACUUUUUUAAUUUUUUAUUUUUUCAUCCUGAUAGAGUAACUCUAUCAAAGUUAAUACCUGAAUACCAGCGUAACUUAUUUGAAAAUGAUGCUUUGGUGUGUUGGUUUACUCACGAAUCUCACUCUGGUUAUUUCAAUUUUCGCCGAUGUCCUUGAAUGUCUAAGAACUAAUUUCUUUGGAUCGGUUAGUCCGUUUCGACGGCCCUUUGCUGCUCCCGCUUGAAGAUGAUUGCAACCUAACUUAUGCAAGGGUAUAUAUGAUCAUGUCAUAGCGCCAAAAAAAACAGCGUUGCCUGUUUUGCAGGCGCUUUAAUAUAGGUUAUUUCAUCAUCCAAUUUGUAACACUGAAAUAGUGGAAUCCCUACAGGAAUACGUGCCGUUUUUUUUGUAGGCAUUUUCUCUAAAAACAGGAAUCGACUUCGAAUUUUAUCGUCUUAACCCUUUCUCUCCUAUAUCUCAUAAGUAAUUCCCCUUACUGUCUGCCUCUCAAUUCUCGUGGUGUUAGUUUGGAGAAUUUGGUAUUAAAUCGACUUAUAAUCUCCCAA